AUGCCUCAUUGUUCGUGGGUGCCGUCAUCAGUUCCUCAUAGUAUUCUUGAUAAACUUGAUGCAGAGAUAGAAAAAGAAGAGUUUGGGGUUGACAUAUCUGAUCAGUAUAGUGUUAAUCAUUAUGUGUUUUCGGUGCCACAAUCUGAUGAUAAUCUUGAUGAUGAAAUUGAAGAAGAAAUAGAAGAAGAGGAGGAGGAGAAAGAGGAGUUUGGGGUUGACAUAGAUGAUAGUCUUGAUCAAGAAAUAGAAGUAGAAGAGUUUGGGGUUUCUGAAUAUUUAGAAACAAGAACAUAUUAUGGUCCAAUGUGUGAUGAUGAGGAGCAAGAUGCUUGUUUCAUAUGUGCAUAUGAAUAUGAAGAUGAAGAUAUCAUUGGCACACUUCACUGUGGCCAUGACUUUCAUGCAGAUUGCGCCAACAAGUGGCUACUGACGAGGAAGAAGACAUGUCCGGUUUGUAGCGAUCCAGUUUUGCCCAUUCAGUGA